AUGAAUGACAGUUAUCCUAGUCAGACUGACACAUGUGUGAUUAUUGACUGUGGAUCUGGGUUUAUGAAAGCUGGGACACAGAAGGAUCAAUUCCCAUGGUGCAUUUUCCCCUCUCUAGUUGGGCAUUUCCGUUCUAGAUAUGUUCCUGAAGAUCCAGAUAAUAAUCCUGCCUUUGUAGCUGAAGAAGCAGUAGCUCAAAGAGGCAAGCUAUCCCUGCGUUAUCCCAUAGACCAUGGUCACAUAGAUGAUUGGCUACAAUUUGAAGAACUACUAAACUAUCUUUUUUAUAGAGGUUUGAAUGUUGAUCCAACAGAUAAUUCAGUAAUCAUUACAAAACCUAGUCUAUGUAGUAAUCGUCAUGAAGAGAAAAUAACUGAACUAAUGUUUGAACUUUACCAAACACAAAGCUUAAAUAUUGCCUUACAAGGUCUUAUGGCUUUGUAUAGUGCAGGAAGAACAACAGGAGUAGCUUGUGAUAUUGGAGAGGGGGUUACUCAAGUUGUUCCUGUGUAUGAUGGCUAUUGUGAUACCACAUCACUACGCAGGAUUGACUUCGGUGGUCAAGAGAUUACAAUGUAUUUACAAAGACUAUUAGCAGAUAAGGGUUAUGUUGCAACCGCUAGAGAUGAUUUAGAACAUGUUCGAAUAAUAAAAGAGCAACUCUGUUAUAUUGCAAAAGAUCCUGCAGUAGAGAAUGAACGUCUUUUAGAGGAUAUAAAGGAAACUUAUGUUUUACCAGAUGGUUUGACACUUCGAGAUGGUACAAGUCGUAUUGAACUUGAUAAAGAGCGUUUCUAUGCUCCAGAAGUUCUUUUUGAUCCAAAAUUAAUAUAUAGAGAUGUUUCUCCACUACAUGAACUUGUAAUGGACUCAAUUAUGUCAUCUCCUAUCGGAGUUAGGAAAAAUUUGAUGGGUUCUAUCUUUAUAAGUGGUGGAACAUCUUUAUUUAAUGGGUUAGCAAAUAGGCUAGAAGAAGAAUUAAUGUUUGUAUGUCCUUCCCAAGCUAAAAGUAAUAUCCGUGUAAACGCAGCAGAUGAUAGAUUAUUUGCAGUCUGGAAAGGUGCACAGGUGUUCAGUGCUCUAAGAGACUAUCAAGAAAGUUUAUGGAUCUCAAAGAGUGAAUACUUAGAAGAAGGCCCAAAUAUCUGCAUUAAAAAGCAACCUAUUUUUGCUAUGAAUCAAGAUUAA